CGCUUACCUGUGAUCUCCUUUUUGGUCACCUGACUUCCCUUUGGGGUUGCCGCGAUCAUUUGCGGGUUACACUUCUGAAGCCUCCAUCGCAGCUGAUGCGGAGUGCCGACGUGGAGGAGACUAGGGUGCCUUGGUGGUGGGAUCCUUUAGAGAGGAAGAGGAGUGGUGCUUGUGAGGAGGAGCAGUUGUCCUGCUGUGCUUCGUGUCAGGACGUCCUGAAGGAUCCAGUCUCUACCAGCUGUGGACACUGGUUCUGCAGACAGUGCAUCUGCUCAUACUGGGACCAGUCUGCUUCAUCAGGAGACUCGUCCUGUCCCCAGUGUGGAGAAAGAUCCAGAAGCAGAGCUGGACUGCAGACAGCCAGUCAGACAAGCUGUGUACAAACAGAUGUUGGUCUGCAGGAGGUUUUAGAUGAACAUAAGAUCAGUCUGAGGAGGAGAUGUGAACGUGUGACUGAAGGAAGUGAUGAAACAGGAAGUAGAACCCUCCUCAAUGGGAUCUACACUGAGCUCUACAUCAUAGAGGGACAGAGUGAAGAGGUUCAUACCCAACACGAAGUGAGGCAGCUGGAGACAGCUUCCAAGAUGGACGCCCUCCAUGACGCUCCAAUCAGGUGCCAGGACAUCUUUAAAGCCUUACCUGACCAACAGAGACCCAUCAGAGUGGUUCUGACCAACGGUGUCGCUGGUGUUGGAAAAACCUUCUCAGUGCAGAAGUUCACUCUGGACUGGGCAGAGGGCUUGGAGAACCAACAUGUCAGUGUGGUGGUUCUGCUUUCAUUCAGGGAGCUGAACCUGAUCAGAGAUGAGCAGUACAGUCUUCUGGAGCUGCUCCAUGUUUUCCAUCCAACAUUACAGAAGGUCACAGCAGAGAAGCUGGCUGUCUCUCAGCUUUUGUUCAUCUUUGACGGCCUGGAUGAAAGCAGACUUUCAUUGGAUUUCACCAACAGGAAGCUGCUGUCUGAUGUCACACAGAAGUCAUCAGUCAGCCAGCUGCUGACAAACCUCAUCCAGGGGAAUCUGCUUCCCUCGGCUCUCGUCUGGAUAACUUCCCGACCUGCAGCAGCCAAUCAGAUCCCUCCUACAUGUGUCGACAGGCUAACAGAAGUACGAGGCUUCACUGACGCCCAGAAGGAGGAGUACUUCAGGAGGAGAUUCAGUGAUGAAGAGCUGUCCAGCAGAAUCAUCUGCCACAUGAAGACAUCCAGGAGCCUCCACAUCAUGUGUAGAAUCCCAGUCUUCUGCUGGAUCACUGCUACAGUUCUGGAGCACAUGUUGACUACAGAGCAGAGAGGAGAGCUGCCCAAGACCCUGACUGACAUGUACUCACACUUCCUGCUGGUUCAGACAAAGAGGAAGAAGAACAAGUACCACGAGGUACGUGAGACGAGUGCACAGGAGCUGACGGAGGCUGACAGGGAAGUUCUUCUGAAGCUGGGGAGGCUGGCGUUUGAACAUCUGGAGAAAGGAAACAUCAUGUUCUACCAAGAAGACCUGGAGCAGUGUGGUCUGGAUGUGACAGAGGCCUCGGUGUACUCAGGAGUUUGUACAGAGAUCUUCAAAAGAGAGUGUGUGAUCUUCCAGAAACCAGUUUACUGCUUUGUUCAUCUGAGCAUUCAGGAGUUUCUGGCUGCAGUCUACAUGUUCCACUGUCACACCAACACAAAGGCAAAGGUGGUGGUGGACUUCCUUAGGAUAGACUACAAUGAGUCAUAUCAGAUUUUUUUCCUGAACACAGCCAUGGAGAAAUCCCUCCAGAGUAAAAAUGGCCACCUGGACCUGUUUGUUCGCUUCCUUCAUGGCCUGUCUUUGAAGUCCAACCAGACACUCUUAAGAGGUCUGCUGGGUCAGACAGAGAACAGUCCAGGAAUCAUACAGAGAGUCAUCAACAACCUGAAGAAGAUGAACAGUGAUGAAAUCUCUCCUGACAGAAGCAUCAACACCUUCCACUGUCUGAUGGAGAUGAAUGACCUUUCAUUAUUCCAGGAGAUCCAAGAGUUCCUGAAGUCAGAGAACAGAUCUGAAAAACUCUCUGAGAUCCAGUGCUCAGCUCUGGCCUUCAUGCUGCAGAUGUCAGAGGAGGUUCUGGAUGAGUUGGACCUGCAGAAGUACAACACAUCAUGGCAGGGACGACUGAGACUGAUUCCAGCUGUGAGGAACUGCAGAAAGGCUCGACUGACUCUGUGUGGACUCUCAGAGACUCACUGUGAAGUUGUGGCCUCAGCUCUGAAGUUCAAUCCCUCUCAUCUGUCAGAGCUGGACAUGAAUGGAAACAACCUGCGGGAUUCAUCAGUGAAGCUUCUGUGUGCCGGACUGGAGAGUCCAAACUGUCAACUGGAGACUCUGAGGCUAAGUGGCUGUUUCCUGUCAGAGAGAAGCUGUGACGCUUUGUCCUCAGUUCUCAGGUCCAAGGUGUCUUGCCUGAGAUUUCUCGACAUGAGUAACAACAACCUACAAGAUUCAGGAGUUAAUAUUUUGUCUGUUGCACUUCAGAGUCCACGCUGUACACUGGAAAGUCUGAGGCUAAGUGGCUGUUUCCUGUCAGAGAGAAGCUGUGAAGCCUUGUCCUCAGUUCUCAGGUCCCAGGUCUCUUGCCUGAGAGUGCUGGACCUGAGUAACAACAACAUACAAGAUUCAGGAGUUUUUCUUUUGUCUGCUGCACUGCAGAGUCCACGCUGUACACUGAAAACUCUGAGGCUAAUUCUUUGUAACCUCUCAAAGAGAAUCUGUGACACUCUGUCCUCGGUUCUCAACUCCCAGUUAUCUUGUCUGAAAGAGCUGGACCUAAGUGACAAUGACCUGAAAGAUUCAGGAGUUAAGCUUCUGUCUGCCACAGUGAAGAGUCCACAUUGUACACUGGAAACUUUGAGUCUGUCAGGCUGUCUGAUCACAGAGGAAGGCUGUACUUCUCUGGCCUCAGCUCUGAGCUCCAACCCUUCCCAUCUUACAGUGUUGGACCUGAGCUACAAUCAUCCAGGAGACUCAGGAAUGAAGCUGCUUUCAGCUGGACUGAAGGAUCCACGCUGGAGACUGGACACUCUCAGGGUGGAGCCUGCUGGAGUCCGAUGGUUGAGACCAGGUCUGAGGAAGUAUUCCUGUCAACUCACAAUCGACACAAACACAGUGCACACAAACCUCAAACUGUCUGACAACAACAGGAAGGUGACACGUGUGAAGGAGGUUCAGUCAUAUCCUGAUCAUCCAGACAGAUUUGAUGUUUGUCAUCAGCUGCUGUGUGGAAAUGGUCUGACUGGUCGCUGUUACUGGGAGGUCGAGUGGAAAGGAUACAUUUAUAUAUCUGCAAGUUACACAAGAAUCAGAAGGAAAAGAGAGGGUAAGGACUCUUGGUUUGGACACAAUGAGCAGUCCUGGAGUCUGACCUGCUCUGAUGAUGGCCCGCGUUCCGUCUGGCACAAUAACAGCGAAACACUCAUCUCCUCCUCCUCCUCCUCCUCUGCCUCUAACAGAGUAGCAGUGUAUGUGGACUGUCCUGCUGGCACUCUGUCCUUUUACGGAGUCUCCUCUGACACUCUGAUCCACCUCCACACCUUCAACACCACAUUCACUGAAACUCUUUAUGCUGGAUUUUGGUUAGCAUCUGGUUCCUCAGUGUCCCUUUGCUGAGUGUAAAGAGUGUCUCCUGUUAGAGAAACACUCUGACUGUUGAACAGAUAGUUCAGUCUGUACAUGUCUGUCUCUUUCACUCACAAACACGUUUUCACAUUCAUGGAUUCAAUCAGUUGAUGUUUGAAACUCUUCUAAAUGAUUCCUUGUAAACUUCUUCCUCUUCAGUCCUUUAAAGAUGGAAGCUCCCAUUAUUCCAGGAUCCACAUGUUGUUUUUCUGGCUUUUUCCACUCAAAGCUUCACAGUGAAUCUCAGUAUGUUGUGUUUCUCUGAAGUUCAGUUCACAACCAGCUCAUCUGCAUUUUCAACAAGUCUGAGCUCAUUAAAAUGAAUUCAAAUGUUUGAUUUCUCUUUCUUAAUGGGAUGUUUCCAAAAUCUC